GUCAGUUUAGAGCACUUAAUAUUUUGGUUGUCUUGUCCAAUUUGUAUCAUCUGAUCUUCAUGUAGGAAACUGGAUUACAACUAAAGUUCAAACUGCUGCUCUUAGGAAUUAAUUAAAAACUCAACAACAACCUGUUUGUUUUCAUCCUUUAGGGGAUGAACACAAACAGGUUGUUUCUAAGCACUCCUCUCUCGGGAAUGAAGCAAUAAACCACUCCCUCUUUGUUCAAAAGCUCCACAAUAUUCAUUAUCAGUGAGAAGUAAAAUGGCACAGCAAGGAGAUCAGAUUAGCCCGAGAAAACUCUGCUGUUCGAUCUGUCUGGAUCUACUGAAGGAUCCGGUGACUAUUGCCUGUGGACACAACUACUGUAUGAGCUGUAUUAAAAGCCAUUGGGAUAAAGAGGAUCAAAGGCAAAUCCACAGCUGUCCUCAGUGCAGACGGACCUUUGUACCGAGGCCUGCUCUGGUGAAAAACACCAUGUUAGCAGAUUUAGUGGAGGAACAGAAGACGACAGGACUCCAAGCUGCUCCAGCUGAUCACUAUGCCAGACCUGAAGAUGUGGGAUGUGAUUUCUGUACUGGGAGAAAGCGGAAAGCUGUCAAGUCCUGUCUGCAGUGUCUGGUUUCUGCCUGUAAGCAGCACCUCCAGCCUCACUAUGAAGUUGUUCCAUUAAAGAAACACAAGCUGGUCGACCCCUCGAAGGAGCUUCAGGAGAACAUCUGUACUCGUCACAAUGAGGUGAUUAAGAUUUUCUGCCGCACUGAUCAGCAGUGUAUCUGUUAUCUGUGCUCCUUGGAUGAACAUAAAGGCCAUAACACAGUCUCAGCUGCAGCAGAAAUGAGGAAAAAGCAGCAACAGCUCAGUGUGAGAUGGCAACACAUCCCUCCGAGAAUCCAGAACAGAGAGAAAGAUGUGACGGUGCUUCAGCAGGAGCUGGAGGCUAUCAACCGCUCUGCUGAUAAAGCUGUGGAGGACAGUGAGAAGAUGUCCACAGAGCUAGUCCAACUUAUUGAGAAAAAAAGGACAGAUAUGAAGCAACGGAUCAGAUCCCAGCAGAAAAGUGAAGUCAGUCGGGUCAAAGAGCUUCAGGAGAAGCUGCAGCAGGAGAUCACUGAUCUGAGGCAAGGAUGCAAUCAGCUGCAGAAGCUCGUACAAACAGAGAAUUACACCCAGUUUCUGCGGAGCUACCCCUCACUGCCAAACCUUACCAACUUUAAGGAAAAGAUUGAGCUUGUCACUAACGGUUCAGUGCCGUCUGACCUGAGCCAAGCAUUAGUGCUUGACGUGACUGAGUUUAACAGGCUGCAGGAGCGCAUCAAGCAGUUGCAGGUGGAGAAGAGCCAGCAGAAAGAGCUGUACUGUCAGGCGAAGGUAGAAGAAGCACGUGAGGCUCUGAUGGAGAGGACCAGGUGUAACACAGAGCAUCUGCGGUGCAUGCAGAGCCUCUACGACCAGAACAAAGAGCUGGAGCAUAAACUCAACGCACGGCAGAAGAAAGAGGGCAGACAGUUCCAGGAUUACAGAAGACGUGUGGACCAGGAGGAGAUUCAGAGGCUCCAGGAGCUGGUGAAAACACAAUCACAGCAGGCUGAGGCCCUCAGGAGAGAAAUUGGCGCCCUGUCUCGAAUGAAGCAAUAA